AUGCUGAAGCAACCCACCAUCGAAGACUUGGAACAGGAGUUCGACGACCACCCUUCGUUGCACGCAUCUCUGCGCGACUUCGAGCCAACAAGCAGCGAGAUCCGCCAGCUGUCGCCGUCCCCCCGCUUUGGCUACCCUUCACAUCAUUCUGGCUUCCGCUCCGACAGCGACUCGGAGAUGGCAGAGUCGAUGUCGGGGGGCAGGUUCAGCCCACCAGCGUGGCGACGCGACGGAAACGGCAACCGAAGCAGCGGCUUCUGGAAUAGGUCGACAUUGGGCAAGCGUGGUAGGGAAGACUCGAGAGAAAGUAGUCCGGAAUACGAAGACGCGCAAGACGGAGAGGACGCAAUCCUGGCUGCUGCUCAGAGAACAAGGUUGCCUACUGGAUCAAUGUCGCCCGAGAAGCAAAGAAGUCCGAGCCCUGGGGUAUAUCCAGGCUCGGAGGUUUUUGGCAGAACGUUUGGAGGAGGUGUGAAGCGCGAAGACGGAGAUGAAACUUUAGUCCCAUCAACAGAGAAUCCAAAUAAUUACAUCCGAUUUGCAGUUAGAGCAGAAGUCCAACAUAGGACGGAGCCACUUGAGGCCGCUUUCUCUUUCUUCAGAAACAAGUUCAACACAGCUACCCAGUCAUGGACCUCUUUAGCGACCUCAAUGCUCGUCGCAUUCCUCUCUUUCCUAGCUGUACAGAGACUGUUUCAGCCUGGCCCUCCGCCUCCGGUUCCCGAUCUGGUUAAAGUAGCUGGAUUAGCGAAAGCAUUCGAACCUCUCAUAUUCUACUCCGAGAAUGGCGUACAGCAAGUUGGGGAUCUUCAAGCGACUGGUGUAGCAGUUUGGGAUCUUGGGGAGAGCGUACGAUCGACGAAUAUGACUUCGGCACCUAUUAUCGUCAAAGAACUGGAUGGAUUAAGCGAGAGUCUUAAGACAUUGGCCAUUGAGCUGACCAGAUUCUUUGCGAACGUGGACGGCGAUGUUGACGGAAUUUUAAUAGUAAUGGAUUGGGCCAAGCGCGAGCUCUCCCAACUCCAGCUCCUCCCACCCUCACCAAUGACCGCCGCCUUCGAUAACGUUCACACCCUCUUCACCCGCCUCGGCGUCUUUGAGACCCCUUCCGGAACCCCGACACGUGUCGGUGCCCUGGCAACUUCGAUCUUCGGGCUUUCAACACAGCAACGCACCCGCCAAACCCUACAGCGCACUUUCACCGAAUUCCUCUCCGUGCUCGAAGAAUCCAUCAAUUCAGAGCUCACCCACUCCCUCGCCCUGUUUUCACUAUUCGAAGCCAUCGACCGCCAGUUCGGCAACCUCGCGCGGACAGUAGCCCGCGAAUCCGACGCCCAGGAUUCCGCGCAGGACGACCUCCUAUCCUCUCUAUGGACAAAGCUGCUAGGCCCCAAUGCGAACACGCUGCACAAGUUUGAGAAGAACAAGAAACUGCUCCAGAAUAUCCGGUCCAAGACCGUCCAGAACAAAAAUAUUCUGGAAGACCAUAAUCGCAAGCUUCUGAUGCUGAAAGCGAACCUGGAGAACUUGCGACGCAAGCUGGUGAGUCCGCUUGUACGAGCGAAUGGGAGUACCUUGGGCGUGGAAGAGCAGAUUCGGGGACUGGAGGAAGUCAGUGGGUACCUAGGUGGAGUGCGGGAGAAGCAGAAGACGAAGUUGAUGGAGUUCCUCUACGGGGCGGGAAGUGGGAGUGCGAGGAGGGUAGCGGGCAUUGAGGAUGGCUGGGCUCGGUGA